CGAGAGAACAACAGCGUGGAGAUCACGCUGCGCCUCGUAGAUGCGUACCAGUACAAGGCAAGGCGCGCAGCGGAUAACUCCUUGCUGAAAAUUUGCUUGCACCCGUCGGCAGAGGGCAUAAGCGAAGUGCGGGCUUUGUUUGGCCCUGAGCAGGACGACGUGCAGUUGAGUCGAGCGCGAAAGGCAUUUCGAGGUACCUCGCUGGCUAACAAGGGGGUCCUGCAGCCGAACAACUGUUACAUUCCCGGUCAGAACACGACCAGUCCGGCAGCCUUGGGUGCUCGUGGCACCGGCCAAGGGGCCGGCGUGGGCCCGAUUGCCCCGGGCCUGUCGCUGCCGCCGUUACCACAAGGUGCGGUCCACACAACUGCCGGCGGCGGUUCUCCGAAGCCCAUGUCUUCCAGGCGCUCGUCAGGCGGCGGCGGCUCCUUACUUGAGAAAAAACAGCAAAAAAUCAUGCGCGGUCUAGAGAGCUCGCCUGUUGCGAGGCGCGACUUCGGACAGAUGGACAAGGUCGAGCGUGCACAAGCGCGCAAAGAGGCAGAGGAGGCGGAAGCUCGUCACGCGAAAGAACAGGCUCUGAAGUACUGGGCGAAACUUCGCCUGUUCACGCGAAAAAUGAUUUUCGUCAGCCGCAUGCGCACCAAGGCGCAAAAGGACCAAGACCGAGAGGCUGUGAAAGUAAUGCAGAUGAAACAGUACUGGGAGGAAAUUACGAAUGCAGAGGAAGCAGCGAGACUGCAGCGCGAAGCAGAUCAUCGUCGUUGGGAGAAGGCAAACCAAUUCAAAAGUACUAAAAACUUCUUGUUCAUCGUCAUGUCAAUGUCUUGUUCACGUUCUACCAUUGUAGAGCCAUUAGUUGCCCCUUCACUAAAACAAUUUGAAUUUACUCUUUUGGUUUUCUUCGUUUUUUCUUUUGAUUUCGCUUUCGGUUGAUAUUGGUAGAGAAUUUUUGUAUGAAUUUUUGAUGAAGGAAUUAGCCGUACCUGAAAAAAAACUAGAAGCAGCUUGCUUUAUUUUUUGUUGAAAAAGUGCUGAACUAGCAGUGCAGCUACUACACGUGAAUGCAAUGUGCGACUGCGAACCUGCGUUCCUUCUCUCAAUGGGUUUUUCUUUUUCGUUACAACCUAUGCAUGAUUAUCAUUUCGUCUUCCAGAAAUGCGCGAAACCUAGUACUUCCAAAUCUGUCUUAGCUCCAGAGUACUUGCAGCAUGUCAUGGAGCAAGGUCUGGCAUCGAUUAUGGGUGCCAUGCAGGAAGUGAAGGCGGACCCGGAGAAGCUGCCACUACUGCUGACUGAAGUUGGCGGGUCGAUGCGGGAGCUCUCCGUUUCGGUGAUGAACGCGAUGCAGGAGAUCCAGCGAGUAGAAAAAGUGCAGCGUGAUCGGGUGUCUGCCGAGGCGGAAUCUGCCCUAGCUCGCAAGCACGGCCAAGAACUAGCGGCUCGCGGUUUCUCGUCCACUGCAAAGGACCCUGACGCGGAGAAAAAGGAUAUGGAAAGCUACGAAGUUUUUCUGCGGGAAGAGGAACUGCGGCGCGAGGAGCAGGAAUUCUUUAUGCACGGGCCCGCGCAUGUGAGGUCGGUAGAUCACGCGAGAGAAGGUCGAGCGGACAGCGACGAGCUGGUG